AUUUUCAUUUUCUCAUUUAAUUCAGAAUCUAUUUUGUAACGUGGAAUGUCAUGGCUAGACCUCCCAUGUCCGAUCUUCGCAGUCUUUUAAAUCUCAAAGAACCAGUUGAUGUCGUUCAACUUCCUGAUGUAUAUGCAAUUGGGUUACAAGAAGUUAGUGUAAAGCCACAAGAUCUAUUAAUAGAUGCCAUUUUUGAUGAUCCUUGGCUUUACAGCUUUAGAGAGAUAUUAGCUGAUUAUGAAUAUAUUAAGAUAAAGCAGAUGCGAUUGCAAGGCAUUAUGUUAAUGUUGUUUUGUAAAAAAGAACAUGUAACACACUUACGUGGGGUACAAACUGAUUAUACUCGUACAGGUUUUGGUGGAAUGUGGGGUAAUAAAGGAGGUAUAAGCAUUCGGUUUAAUGCUUAUGGCUGUUCAGUAUGCAUUGUGAAUGCACAUCUGGCAGCUAGUGACGAUGAAGUGUGUAGGAGAAUAUCAGACUAUAAUAAUAUUAUAGAUAAACAAAGAUUUGUUGAUCCUCAAACAGAAAAUAUCUUAACUCAUGAUUACGUUUUUUGGAUUGGUGAUCUUAAUUUCCGUAUAGAUGAACUCACUACAGACGAAGUGCUAUAUUUAAUCAGUAUUAAUAGUUUUCCUCCUUUAUUAACUAAAGAUCAGCUUACUUUAGUACAGAAAAGAGGGGAAGCUUUUAGCGAAUUUAAAGAGGUAACACCAGACUUCCCUCCUACUUACAAGUUUGUCGUAGAUGGAAGUGAUUAUGAUUCUGAAAAAAGAAAGCCAGCUUGGACAGAUCGCAUCUUAUACCGAUUCACUCGUGAAGCUUAUUCUCAUACUAAUCUAGAUGUAAAGCAGUUACAUUAUUCAAGUCAUUCACAUUAUUCACAGAGUGAUCAUAAACCUGUUUCUGGUUCCUUUUUAAUCAAAGUAUUUCCUGAUCCACUGGAAAAGAAAGUUACUUUUCUUCCAAUCAAAAGUUGGAAAUCUUAUCAAGAUGGAGAAGCUACGUAUUAUUUUAAUGAAAAUUGGGAACCAAAUGGAUGGGACUGGAUUGGUUUGUUUAAACGAGAUUUUAGAGGUUUGGAUGAGCAUAUUAAUUAUGUAUGGGCAUCAACUAAACCUGUUACUGACAUCAAACUGCCACCAUCAGCUGAUAAAACUGAUACAGAAGAAGUCCACAGAACUGUUCGGUAUGUUUCACAAGAAGAAGGAAGCACCAAAGCCACAGAUUCUGUGUAUUUAAGAAGUAAACACUGUAAUGAAAGUGGAUGCAAAGCCAGAACACCAUUAACUGGAAAACCAUCCUAUAUUGUUGGUUCAGUUGAUACUGGUGUUUCUGCUUAUUAUCAUAUUACAUUUGUUGAUCAUGUUCCUUUACCACCAGGAUUUUAUCACUUAUUGUAUAUAGGAAGUGAAUUCAACGAUAUCCUCGGAAUAAGUCCGGUAUUUGAAGUUACCAGAGAUUGAAUGUGUAAAUAGACAAUUAUUCAAUGGCUGUAAAUUUAAAAAAAA